CUGAUGCAAGUACAACAAUAUAUAAUUAUUUCAGUUGUAUACUUACAUGGCUUACAACGCAUGCAUGUUCAAAUUUGUGUCUCCCUUCCCGUACACACCCCCUGCGUGGGCGAAUUUUCCCCCAUCAUUUUUAACCACCUCUCAAAAUUCCUGGGCAGAACCCUGUACUAUUGUUCUCAGCUUAUAAGAAUAAUAAUUACGAGGAUAAAAUACAAAUAAUUUAGUACAUUAAUUCUCACCUGUAGCGUAGCUUGCAUCAUAGCUGGACAACUCAGUGUCAUACUUGGCCACGUUUAUGAUUUUAGGGCAUAUUCUGUCUCCCAUAUUUUCGUAUACUUCUCUUUUAUAUAAUUAUAGUAGCUCCUUCACACUCUUUGACGAUCUGCAUGAAUUGUAUUGUAUAACAUCAUAAGAUCUGCUCUCUAUCUCAUCCGCUUCCUUUAGAGGAGGGUAUGUGCUUAGCACAGAUUGUAGAGUUAGGGGGCCCUCACCCGGCCAUGGUGUUAGCUCUUCUGAAAGUGAUGGUUCUUCAUAUAAGCUUAUCGGUGGCCUGCAGUUUUACAUUUUACUAUUUUGUCAUUUCAGUAGCACACGUAGGUAUGUCAUAGGAACCAGGUCACAUUUUAUUCCUGUAGAUCCCUUAAAUAUAUAGGACGUUUAACAUACCCCCGUAUGAGGCUAUAAUUAUAUAGUUACUGUAGUCUGUAGCAAUGUUUAAUUGCGUUACAAUGCCAGGUAAUAUAAAUUACUUGUCUGUUUGUUGGCUUCCCAUGUUUGUAGUUGUGAUGGGCAAGCCUCCUAUGGAGGUGCCGUGUGAAGGCAUGUCUGUGUUCAUUUGUAUAUUUGUAUACAGGAGAAAAUAUAAUAUGCCUAUCUUCCAUUACCCAAGUCUUGCCAUAUUCAAAUGAUGUGCAUAGUGCGUAAAGUGCAGUAUUUUCUAAACUGACCUUUACCAAUAUGCAGUGAGUACAUGAUUGUAUUACAAGAGUUUGUACUGUGUGGGCAGAUCAAAGGGAAUGCGGAAAUACAACACGUGAUGUGUUGACGCCAUCGUGCUUCAGUACCGUGAAAUAUGAGCCAUAAAUGUAGUGAACAUUAUUACUCUGUGUGUGCGCAGCAGGUGUAGAGUGAUUGGUUUGUGUGUGUGUGUGUGGAGACAACAAGCUGUUUGAGCGAAUACAAGUUCACUUUCGAAACAAGUACAAUGUCUUAGGUCUCCAUAAUUGAGAGUAGUAUUAUUACAAUUAUGAUGCACCAGUAAUGUGUACGACCCUACACAUGGCAUAGGGAGAUACCCUUUAUUUAAAGAAAGAUAAAUUACUUAUUAGGUAUUGACUUCAUUUCAAGCUAGCUGUGAAGCUGUGACCAGAGUUGUCUAAAUAAUGGACACAAGAUUUGUUUUAUUUUUAGUUGCGCUCUUAAGCUGGACAUCGGCUCAGCAACCGGUUCUGUACUGUCCUGGUCCUGCAACUAUCAACUGUUCAACUGUAACACCAACCGUUUGGGAUGGGACGGCUUUUAAUGGACGGUGUCCCCUCAAUGGGAUCUCUUUUCAAGAUAUUAACAAUAACAGUAUUGGUGAAUCCUCGUCUUGUAGAGAACUGAAUGUGACUAUCACCAAUGUAGUCACAACCAUUGACGUUGGUAGCACUGUAGUGAAUGUUGACUCAUCACUGUCUUUCAGUGCCCAACCAUCUCUCAGUGGAUUAACUGUUGUCUGUAGAAGUGGGUCCAAUGCUGCUGUGAACUCUAUGCUAUUGAUUCCAGAUCCUACUCAGGCUGUGUCUGUGAGUCAGGACUCUUUGACAGCUGUGACAGUGACUUUAACAGGCGGAGACAGUCGCUGUAUAUCACUGUACUUUGUGGUGAUCACUGAGAUAGGCAGCAGCGACUCACCCGCUAUUAUAAGCAGCUUUUCUCCUUCCAUUAGUGUGACUGGUCUGGACUUGUGUGGGAACCGCUACUCUGUUGUCGGCUUUGUUCAAGCUCCCUCAGGCGUACAAGGGGGAAGAAGUACACCACAAAUGAUAAGUUUGGAAGCGGUUACAAAUGUGAAAGCCAACAGAACUACAUGUACUUUGUCUUGGACACAGCCGGCAAACACUGCUUCAGAUGGCUGCAACUCUGGCUAUAUCAUAUCCUGGACUGAAGGAGAAGAUAGUACAGUCGGUUCUAGCACUUCAGUCCUGGUGUCAAAUCUACACAACUUCCCUUUCUGUCAAAGUCAAACUCUAACAGUGACGCCCAAUACACCAUCUGGUCGUCUCACUGUGGGUACCAGUUUGCAGAAUGUGAUAUUUGAGCACCCAGAUUUUGCUGCUCCUGUAGUAUCAGUCUUUUUCACUCUCCAGUCAGAUAAUGUGGUGAUUAACAUCAACUGGCAGGAUAUCUCUUUAGAAGCAGUUCCAUUGAGAAUGUUUGGGUUCAGUAAGAUCGGGGAGGGUGUGUGUAACCCUCAGUUUAGUGCAACUGGUUCAUCGAUGACCCAGUCAAUACCAGGAGCUCAGUCUGGUGACAGGUACACUAUCUGUGUGGUGUUUAUCAACAACGAGUGCAUGAAUCGUACAGAUGACACUAUCAGAGUUCCGGUGCAACUGCUCACCAAUCCACAGCUAUCUGUUGGUGAUAGUUCUGUCUCAAUAGUGGUCAGUGUAUCUCCCUCUCCCCCCAUGAGUCUUGACUCCCUGUCCAUACUCGCAGCUAUUGAUCCCCCUCAUGGUAGUGCUGUGUUGGCAAACUACCCUACAUCAUCUCAGUACAUGGUGAUUUCGAUAGUCUGACCUCUGGAACAAUGUACACUUACGACAUCAGGGUGGUACUCAGGAAUGAUAAUACUAGUACUACCACUAUUGGUCUGCCGGUAACUGGAUCCUUCACGGUUCCAGCAUGUGGCACAGUUUGUGUAACCGUGGUUAUUGUAGUCUGUGUACUGCUAGUGGUUGCUGUUCUUAGCCUAGCUGGAGGCUUCGGUGCUUACAAGUACAAAAACAGAUCUAAAG